AUGAGUCGACCUGGUAGUGCCAUGAGUAGACCCGGUAGUGCACUCAAUACCAAUAGUCGACCAGGCAGCAAUACCAUACCUUCAGCACUUCAACCGUCACAACAACACAUUAUGAGAGGAUUGCUCCACUUGAAAAUCAGUACUCGUAGAUACUUCUCGUUCUGCUCCUAAGCCUAACGUGCAACUGCUUAGGUACUUAGAUACAUUGUCUAUGUCUUAGAUACUUUUUAGAAACAUUGUUUGUCUAUGUCUUGUUCAACAUCUCAACAAGCACCUCGAGUCGUGAUCAUCACCACCACCCAUUUCAAUCACCCACACCUCCCAGCAUCUUCCUUCAUAAUCCAGCAAGAAGCGCCACAAUUCGACACGAGGCACGAUGAUCCGACCACCUUAUUCCCUCCGGUGGCGAGCAGCGAUGCAAGGAAGUUGUAUGCAGAAUUGCAUUCCAGCUACGAUGAAAACGACUUCGAGUCCGACAGUGAAGAUUAUGGUGGAAGUUUUUUGUCGUGAAGCUUAUUCUUAUACCAUAGAUACUUACUGAAGCAGAGAUCUUCUUCACCCUGCUUCUUCGGGUUCCCUUCUAAUACAACGGCGACAAUCAACAUGGCGAUGCCGAAGGAACGAAAAUCAUUCUGGAUGGGAAUAAGCCGAUCGUAGUGAAAGCCAGCUCAAAGGGGAGUAGCUCGCAAGGAAGUAAAGGCAAAGCAAAAGCGAGCGCUAUAACCAUUACGAAGAAGGAGGAUCUGGCGGAGUUUUUACGAGCAUCUAGCGACUCUGAGUCUGAGAAAGACGAGAACAAAAACAUCAUGCCUCGUGAUCAUGGAGGACAUCAUCAACGUGGAAUUGUCACAUCUUCUAGCUGUAAAACGAGUAAAGAAGUUGUGGUGAAGAAAACAACUACGUCCUCGAGCUGUAAAACAAGCAAGGAACUAGCUGCGUCUUCAUCUGGAAAGAAACAAGGCCCUCUUCAGCUUGUUUCUAAAACAAAUAAAGCGACGCCAGGAGGAGACAGAUCGGAAGAUGAAAAUUCUUCUUACGAUGAUGAUUUUGAACCGGAUGCUGUGAUGGACGACGAAGACCACCAUAGCAAUGUUGAAAAACCAAUGUUGACGGGAGGGAAAGUUAAGGAUAAAAAUUUAUAGGAAUAUAUUAUAGCUGUAUUCAUGCAGCUAUUUUGGCAAUACUUACACAGCUAUCUCUCCGGCAUCCUGCACUGUGCAUUCACCUGGGGACUCAAGAUCAUCAGGAUAAAAGGCAGCACAGAUCAAUUAGUUGUGCGUUCUACUCUAAGAAACAACGAAACAACAAGACUGACAACAAAACCAGCGACUCAUCCAGUGUGACUACUGUCGAAGCGAGGCAAGACGGUGGUGAUGAAACUGCAGUCCAUGUAGGAGAAGACAAAGUGGUCAAUCGUGAUUCUUAUGGUCGUUUGUUUUGUGAUGUGGACGAUAAGGAUAUUCAGUACUAAGAGUGUGUCUUUUAGUACGAGCAUCAUCUGCCGAGAACAACUGUAUCCAUUUCCAUCUCGGGGCAACAAUGAAAUGCGUAGCAGCUCUCCGUGAGUAUUAUCAUGAUCGGCGACUGAACCUGAAGACCCUGUGCUCUUGCUCGUAUCUCUAACUCCACAAUCAAGACCAAAAAGAAGAUCCACGCAAGCAGCUCGCCGACCCGCCUAGCCGUGCAGAUGAAGAUUCAGGCUCAGACACCGAGACUUUCCUCACGAAGGAGAUUGAGCCGCGUCCUUUGUUAUGGAUUUAUUCACGAUGUUCACGUUUAGUGGUCCAACGAACUGCAAGAGUCCUCCAAUAAAGUGCAUUUUCUACUUCUGGUCCGAACUGUCAUUUCAAAAAACGAGCCUUGUGGUAAAGUGCAUUUCACUGUCACUUUUACUUCUGCUGGUACAGCUCCAUCUAAAAUUAGCUGUGCAGCCAACUACAGCAGCAGAAGAGACGUCUACAAUCAAUGCGGAUACGGCCAAGUGGACAGUGAGCGCUUUGUUAGAAGAUUGCGGUAACAUCGAAGACGUUGUCACAUCGCAAGUAUUAUCGCAGCUGGUGAAGUAUGACGAACAGGAAUAAGGUUGUCGGAGUCCUACGAUAUGUGUAUCUUGCGUUACUGGUCGUGGCCCCUUCUAGUUGUACAACAACUUCGUAAAAUCAUAUAGGUCUAUCUUCUCGUCACCCUUAUUUACCAUUGUCUUGUUGAGUGAUGGGUUUAAGAUUAUGACUCCACUGCCCUCUUGUUUGUUUUCUCGUCCUUGAGAGAUUUCGUUCAUCAAUUCAACUUUCUUACUACUAUACAUGUUAAUAACCAACUGCGGUCUAUCUUCAUCUCGUCACCUACAUGGUAUCCUAAGUAGUAGGAUCGAUAAAUGUUUUGUGAAUAGUGUUAGUGAAAAGAUUGAUGUCGAACUUUGACAGUGUAAGGAAAAUGCACUCGUCCACAAUAAGGAUAAGAUAAAGUUAGAGAUAAGAAAGAGAAUGAACAAAACCGAUUUCCUUUCUUUUUUCCGAAGUCCACGGACGUGAAAGUGAUCUAAGGUUUUCUAAAUUUAGUUCAAAUGAAUAGCUUAUUCUUGCAUCACACACGAUGAUUUUAUGUCCGUCAGAAGUCUCAAUUUUUAUCAUGAUUUGCAAACAUUAUUGUUCCUCUCAAUUGCAUAGGACCUGAUUCCAAAGAAAGAGCAAAAAAGUGAGACACGAGUAGUACUCUAGUGCUUUAUGUUUUGUAGUUAAUAAUGCACACCGAGACCAUCAGCGUAGUACAAAAUAAAGUUUUUUCGAUUGCAGAAAUAGUACUCUAAGAAACAGUUUCCCACAUUGCGAUAGCACAUUCAUAACGCCGGCGUCUUCUACAGCUCUACUUCCGUAAUAUGAAGACUUACGAAUUCAUCGAGUGUCACUGUCAUGAUGGAGUUGCACUAAAAGGAACUACAAUGCUGGAUCUCUCUCCGUUACCGUGAAGAUGGAUUUGCAACGAUAUUUUCAUAUAGACCGACAUUCAAACUCAACACUUGCAUCCUCGGUAAUUGUGGUGUCCGACAUGGAAAGCAUGAUAACCAGCGCACUUUAACCUCCAUUAGAGAGCAGGCAUAGAAUUAUCCAGAACCUGGUGCGUGGUGCUAUGGCCGUCUAGUACAUUAGUGUUGUUUUUAGC